AUGUUCGGUCGCCAUUGCCAACCAGAGUCCGGAGUGCCUGCGAAAGAUGCCGUCGCCAUAAAUCUCGGUGUGAUCCUGUUCGGCCUUGCUCGGUCUGUAUCCGAGCCAAUGUUGAUUGUCGACCACUUCCAACAACGCAACCGCGGAGGGCCACUCUGCCAAAUGACUACCCCAGUGACGACUACCGAAAAGUCACCGGAUGAAAAUGGCCUUGGUCGCGGUGAAAGAAGCCCCGAUCAGAGCAGAUUGAUACAUAUGCACCCUAGCGGCGAUGAUGCCGACUUCCCUGCUGGAGAUCGGAACAUGGCCUCGGCUCUCGACUGCGGUGAAGCCGAAUCCGCCAUAGGAAUUGCUCGCAGAAUCUGUCAACUUGGCAGCCAUAACAUUGAUGAACAAACCACAUCCGCCAUACCUGGCCACCAGGCUAGCAGCGGUGGUUCUUUGGCAAAUUCGGCAACUGGUCAGCGCAUUCCGAUAUCUUCCAUCUUGAGGCAGCCAUUCCCUCCUAUGGAACUUGUACACAGUCUGCUGGAAGAUUACUUUGAUGCCAUACACUGGUUUUCUCUCGCCGUUUACGAGCCAAAAUUCAGAAAGAGCCUCUGUUCCAUCGCUGAUGGUUAUGCAUAUCCCUCGCAAAGACCAUUCCUCGUGCUAUUAGCCAUUAUGCUUGCAAUGGCAUCGUGGUACCGAUCUCAGAAGAGUUGUGCUGAUCCGGCCGACAACACCGAUUAUAUGGAGAAAUUGAGCGCAGAUUUGUUGGGACUAGUUGAGUCCAAUGUAGUGGAAUUGAUGGAUCAACCCUCAAUCACCUCCGCCCAGACCUGCAUUCUCUUAGGGUCACAUCACGUCUAUCAUGGCCGCCCAAAUCUCUCCUUUUCCUUAUUAGGAGCGACCAUAAAGAUGUCUCAGUCUUUAGGAAUGCACCGAGGACUUGGACGGGGGGAUUUCGAAAAUAUCGAGGAAAGAAAAAGGGUAUGGUGGACGAUUUAUACAUGGGAUAGGUUUGCGUCAAUUACCUAUGGUCGGCCACUGGGCAUCAACGACAAGGAUUGCAAUCUUGACAUGCCAGCGGAUGUGUUCGAGAACCCCAAAUUUGUUGCCCCGGCCACCGGUCAGGCUAGCCCCAUAUGCUAUUCAACCUACCAGCGGGAGUUGAACCAGCUCUACUUGAUUGCAUCGCCUGCCCUCAAGACCGUUUUCGGCUCACGUACUCUAAGGGCGUCCGAACAGCUAAACGGUGACACAUAUUUUGCACUGGUCAGGCACGCCACCGAGAACCUCCAGAAAUGGCGAUCAUGUCUACCGAAUCAUCUGGCAUUGGAUCUUAAUCGGGACUUCGAUACCGAUGAUCGGCCGAGCGCGAGAGCACACGCCCUGCAGUCUCUGUCGCUCCAGCUGACAUACGACAAUGUUCUCAUUGUACUGCAUCGACCUUUGCUAGCACGGCAGGUUGAUCAUCUCUAUACCGUGAAUACACAAUCACCGGAAGGAAGCAGAACAGAUAACCUUAUGUACCACCCGAACACCACUCCCUCCGUGGCCCAGUCGAACUUACCUUCCAACUCCGCAUUUCCCAAUACCCAGACCACAAGUCCGGAUCUAUGGAUGAAUGCCGCAAAGAGGACAUCGAGAGUGACAGAAAUGCCGACUCUAGCCCAGCUCGCAACUGACAGCCAUCUCGGCGCAUUUCUCGCCAUCAACCUAUUUAACGCCGCAAUUGUGUUGGCUGUGAUGGCUCUCUCAGAGCCUCUUUCCGAUACCGCACAGGAAAUGAAGCGCACUAUUACUCGCAUUCUUCGUCUGCAAGAUCUACUCGGAAGACGGUUUGCACUGUCGAAACAAAGCACGGCUGUGCUGAAGAAUGUUGCUAUCAUGCUCCUCCGUCGUGAAUCAGCUGCCAUGCUUGCUCCAAUUACCGGAACAAGCCAGGUAAUGGGUCACCAGCCUUUACAGACUCUGGCAGAUCCGUCAUUGAUUUCUGUUGAAGAUACACUUCGGAUGCCGCUUGAUGCGGCAUGGGAUUCUCGUGAUCCCCUUGCUAAAGAUCAACGUCUGCCCGACCUCAGUAGAGCUGAUCGCCUGAACAAUAGCUUAACAUCUGUCCAAUAUGCAUUGGGUCCAGGGGAUCGCUCCGGCAUUCCUACUGGCGGAGAGAACCUUCAAUUUCGUGAGUUUGUUGAGCCAGGUAUACAGACACAUGAAGUGUGGCAGCCAGCAGAAUACGAUUGGAGUAUGCCUGGUCUGGCUCGGGAACCUUUAGAAAACACUCACCAGGAUAGCGUUGAAGGCGGGUUGUAUUGGUUAUGGGACAUGACGUGGAAUGGAGUCGGAGGGUAA